AUGAUCCUGGCUUCCCAGUUGGUUUUCUUCACCUGCAUCUGGAUCACACUGAUGCCAAAUGCUUCUGUUGUUGCUGAAAUCAAGGCGCCCCACCCACGCUGCUCCUCUUCAAUGGAACAGACUCGCAAACAAGAAACUAGAAUGAGGAAAGAAGACAAUACCAAGGUGUGGCCCCUGAAAUACAAGCAAAUCCUCCACAUAGAGGACCAUGACUUUGCAAUGAGACCUGGAUUUGGAGGGUCUCCAGUGCCAGUGGGUAUAGAUAUCCAGGUUGAAAGUAUUGACAGCAUUUCAGAGGUUGACAUGGACUUUACAAUGACUUUUUAUCUCAGACAUUACUGGAAAGAUGAAAGGCUCGCCUUUCCCAGCAAGACCAACAAAAGUAUGACUUUUGAUCAUAGAUUAAUCGAAAAGAUUUGGGUGCCUGAUAUCUUCUUUGUCCAUUCUAAGAGAUCCUUCAUCCAUGACACAACUGUGGAGAACAUCAUGCUGCGUGUCCACCCUGAUGGAAACGUCCUCUUCAGUGUCAGGAUAACUGUUUCAGCAAUGUGCUUUAUGGAUUUCAGCAGGUUUCCUCUUGACACUCAAAACUGUUCCCUUGAACUGGAAAGCUAUGCCUACAAUGAGGAGGAUCUAAUGCUGUACUGGAAACAUGGAAACAAGUCCCUAAACACCGAUGAGCAUAUUUCCCUGUCUCAGUUUUUCGUUGAGGAAUUCAGUGCAUCCAGUGGAUUUGCUUUCUAUAGCAGCACAGGUUGGUAUAAUAGGCUUUUCAUCAACUUUGUGCUAAGGAGGCAUAUUUUCUUCUUUGUCCUACAAACCUAUUUCCCAGCCAUGUUGAUGGUAAUGCUUUCCUGGGUUUCAUUUUGGAUCGACCGAAGAGCUGUCCCCGCAAGAGUUUCCUUGGGAAUCACCACGGUGCUGACCAUGUCCACGAUCCUCUCCGGGGUGAGUGCCUCCAUGCCCCAGGUGUCCUACGUCAAGGCUGUGGACGUGUACCUGUGGGUCAGCUCCCUCUUUGUCUUCCUGUCGGUCAUUGAGUACGCAGCCGUGAACUACCUCACCACUGUGGAAGAGCGGAGACGAUUCAAGAAGACCGGGAAGAUUUCUAGAAUGUACAGUAUUGAGGCAACUCAAGCCAUGGCCUUCGAUGGUUGUUACCGUGACAGUAAGACUGACAUGGACCAGACUUCCUUUUCUGUACACUCAGAAGAGGACGCCUUGCAAGCAAGAUGCAUAAGCAACCUCAGUGCAGAUUCACCUCGGAUAAAGAGGAGAAAAUCCUUAGGAGGGCAGGUUGGUAGAAUCAUUCUGGAGAACAACCAUGUCAUUGACACCUAUUCAAGGAUUUUAUUUCCCACUGUGUACAUUACGUUUAAUUUGUUCUACUGGAGUAUUUAUGUUUGA